AAUGAUACAAUUUUAUAAAGAAAAUUGUAUUAUAUGAAUUUAUAUCUUUUAUUAGAAUUUUAUUGUUAAAAAUAUAAUUUUUUAUCAAUCAUCUGUCUUCAAUUAAAGAUAUUUUGGAAAGGUUAAUUCUUUCUUAAAAUUUAUUUAUUCUUUAUAAAUUUUUCGUAUCAAAUUCUAAAUAUAAAAAAUAUGCAUCAAACAAGUGUAAAAUGUAAUGUAAAAUUAUGUUCGAACAAUGAUGUUCCGCCUUCGUCAGUAAUUCGCACUUGCCUUGGUCCAUCCUUGGCACAAGUAUUUUUUGACUAUACUCAUCAUGAUACAUUAAAAUUACUAGAUGUACUAAUAACAUCAAAAACAUCAAAACCAUGUUUUUCAAUUCCAUCCGAGAAUCAAAUGACCAAAAAUGAUGUACCACCAACAGAUCAUCAAAUCAUAAAAGCAUUUGUACAUCAAAAUAUAUUAGAGAUAGGAGAAGCUCUCUUAGAAAAUUUAAAAAAGGAAGUUGAAGAAAGUUUAAGGGAAAAAGUAGAAAGGCAAUCGCGAGAGAAGUUUUAUUUAUAUCAAGCAAAAAAAAGGCGAGAAGCUGAUUUGCAAACGCAACAAUUACAUGAAAAAUAUCAAAAUUUCCUUGAAUCUGUUCGAGUCAAUUUACAAAAACAGCUUGAAAAAGAAUGGCGUAAAGCAGCCGAAGAAUGUGCCAAGAAUACUCAAAAAGCAAUUAUACAAGAACGGAUGAAUAUAACACAGGAAAUGAUACGAAAGAUGCGCGUAGAAAUCACACAUAUUACACAAUCAUUAUAUAAUGAUUUUGAAAAAUUAUUUUGUGCUAAAAGGGAUACUAUAAUCGCUGAUUUCAAUCAAAUCAUGAGGAAGAGACAUAUUAAAUUUGAAAACGAAAUGCAAGAAUUAAAAGAAAAGGCAAAUAGAGAUAUGUUUAUUCAAAAACGUCAGUUUGAAAUGCAAAGUAUCACAGAUAUAAUUUAUGUUCUUUGCUUAGAGCGAGUACGAAGUAAUAAAGAAAAACAUGCUAUACAUAAAUACUUCGAGGAAAAAAUUGAUGAAUUUUAUGAAUUAAUAAUCCGUUUGAGAGAUAUAAUUAAUAUUAUGAAAGAAGAAAUUAUUAAUUGUCAUACAAAUAAGAAAUCAUUAGAGGAAAAACUCUAUAAUGUUACUAAACAUUUUCAAAAAUUCAUUAAUUUCAUUUUUCAUGCUAUACCAGGACAAGCAGAUUAUUUAUUACCGCCAGAAUUACAACAGUUGAUUAAUUUAGAUAUAGAUAAAGAAGAUAAAAAGAUAGAAUAACUAAAAAAUAUAAAAUUAAAUGUAUAAUAUGUGAAAGUAUUUCUCUUUAAAAUAUUAUAAUGUAAAAUAUUAAAAUGUUAUAAAAUGUUACUUAUAAAAUAUAAAAAAAAAAAAUUAUUCUUAUUUGUAACAUUUCAAUGUGAAAAACGUAUAAUAAUUGUUUAGCAAAAUAUCUUUAUUGUUGAAAUUGUAUUAAAUGUAAAGUAUCGUUAAUAAAACAUAACUUAUUUUUAAAAAUAAAAAAUGAAUGUAAAAAAUUUAUUGUUAUAUAAAAUAUAUGCUAAUAAAUGAUAUCAAAAAUAAAAACACAAAA